UGAAGCCAUUUUCGGGAAGAAGUUCGUGUUGAGUAACAAGAGAAAAACAAAAGGACAGUAGUCAGGAAUUGGCACAUUUAGUUACUUAGAGGGUCUGUUUUCACACACCAACCCCCUCUGAAUAGCUUCCAAUCUGAUUACUGUUCGCUGGAAUAAUGUUUUCGCUCACGACAACGUUCCAGCCACAGGUAACCGUUCCCCUUAGUCAACUUAUCAAUGCCUUCCAUUCCUUGAAGAGCGCCGCUAGCUCUGGAGCCACUGCUUCUGUCCACAAGCCACAGAAAGACCUUAGUCAAGAGCAGGAGCAAUUGUUCAAAGAGCCCAGCGUAAGCCCGCGGGACCUGGGUCUGUCGGAGCUGGGAGUGGGUCAGCUGGAUGAGCUGGUCUGCAGGUUGCUGCCCUCUCUCAGGCCUGGGGAAGCUCCCCCCGCUUCAGCCUGGAGGACGUCUCAUGUCUCCUCAGACUCCUUCUUCCACAACAAAUAUGGAUUCACACACGGCAGACUGGGAGUGUCUGCCCGGCCAAUAUUCCACAGACAGAACCACAGCCCGUUACAAACUGUCAUCUCAGAGCUGCAGUUCUCUCAAGUGUGGAUCCAGAACCGGGGCUUCAAGACUCGACGGACCAAAAGCAGUAGGAUGGAGUCUGGUUACGAAGGGCCGGGAGAACCAGAUGGCCACACUCCAACCUUCUUGAAGGGUCUUCUCAUGAGGGAAAAGGGAGCAGAGGCAGAAACUCUGGACCAGGUGAUGAAGCAGAAGAUCCUUCCAGACAACCAGCAAGAUGCCUUCAAGACAGGCUUCACUGAAGGCUUCAUGCGGUCUCAGGCUUUCACCCGGAAGACACAAGAUUCUCUGAAGAGGACCAGGUUGAUUCUGCUGGUCCUCCUCCUGGUGGGAGUCUACGGCCUGUCAAGAUCCCCGUUUCUAUCGGGUAAAGGCUCCUUUUCUGAUACCGUGAGGUUCCGCGCUACGUCCGGGCUGGACUCUGCCGUGGACCCCGUCCAGAUGAAGAACGUUACGUUCGACCACGUCAAAGGAGUGGAGGAGGCCAAGAACGAACUCCAGGAUGUGGUCGAGUUUCUCAGGAACCCCCAGAAGUUCACCGUUCUGGGAGGAAAGCUACCAAAAGGUAUCCUGCUUGUGGGCCCCCCAGGCACGGGGAAGACCCUCCUGGCUCGUGCUGUGGCCGGGGAGGCCGACGUGCCCUUCUACUACGCCUCCGGCUCCGAGUUCGACGAGAUGUUCGUGGGCGUUGGAGCCAGUCGCAUCAGGAACCUCUUCAAGGAGGCCAAAGCCAGCGCCCCCUGUGUGAUCUUCAUAGACGAGCUGGACAGUGUGGGGGGGAAGAGGAUCGAGUCUCCCAUGCACCCCUACUCCAGACAGACCAUCAACCAGUUGCUGGCAGAGAUGGACGGGUUCAAACCAAACGAAGGGGUCAUCGUCAUCGGAGCCACCAACUUCGCUGAGGCUUUGGACAAUGCUCUGGUCAGGCCUGGCAGGUUUGACAUGCAGGUGACUGUGCCCCGCCCUGACGUGAAGGGACGCACGGAGAUCCUCAACUGGUACCUGACCAAGAUCAAAGUGGAUCCUGCGGUGGAGGCGGAGAUCAUCGCCCGGGGCACGGUGGGGUUCUCGGGGGCAGAGCUGGAGAACCUGGUGAACCAGGCGGCGCUGAAGGCAGCCGUGGACGGCAAGGACUUGGUCACCAUGAAGGAACUGGAGUUCGCCAAGGACAAGAUCCUCAUGGGUCCUGAGCGAAGGAGUGUGGAGAUCGAUAAGAAGAACAAGACCAUCACAGCGUACCACGAGUCCGGCCACGCCAUCGUGGCGUACUACACCAAGGACGCCACGCCCAUCAACAAGGCCACCAUCAUGCCCCGAGGACCCACGCUGGGACAUGUGUCCAUGCUCCCGGAGAACGACCGCUGGAGCGAGACGCGAGCGCAGCUCCUCGCCCAGAUGGACGUCAGCAUGGGCGGCCGCGUGGCCGAGGAGCUCAUCUUCGGAGACGACUACAUCACCACGGGAGCUUCAAGUGACUUUGACGGAGCAACCAGAAUUGCUAAAAUGAUGGUGACCAGAUUUGGAAUGAGUGACAAGCUUGGGGUCAUGACCUACGCUGACCUGACCAAACAGAGUCCCGAGACGCAGGCCGCCAUCGAACAGGAAGUCAGGGUCCUUCUUAAGGACUCGUAUGAGCGUGCUAAAAACAUCCUGAAGACCUACAGUGACGAGCACAAGAAGCUAGCCAACGCGCUGCUGACUUAUGAAACAUUAGACGCCAAAGAGAUCAAGCUGGUUGUGGAGGGCAAGGCUCUGGACCCUAGAUGAGUCAGUGGCUGAUAGGGACUCUGAGACAGACGUGGUCUGCUGGAAAUACCAACCUAUGGAAAGGCUUUGUAGAUCACAGAUUAUUAUUUUGUUGUCAUACUCCCCCUUUUACACAAAAUGCAAAUGAAUUUGUGUUUUUACCCACAUCUUUCCUAUUGGAUGCCAUUUAAGAGACUGCACAAAUGCAUGGGAAAACGAAAUGAGCAUAAGCCAUCAUGGCUUCUGCAGCGCAAUGUCAAAUUUGUUUUCUGUAACAGUUCUGUAAAUAAAAUCUCCUAUAUUUGGUAUGUUAUCAAAGUUAUGAGGAAAAACAGUUUGCUGAAACUCAUUUCUGGCCCUAGUAUUUGAUGAAUGAUGAAUUGCUUCAUAGUUGUUUUUUCUGAUGGAUGAAAUCCUCAGUAUUUUAUCGUAGGUGUACAAAAGUACAGAAUUAAGAACCGUACAACCUUAAUGUACAUUUAGAAUGUAACUACAGAAUGGCUGUAUUCAUGUUCUGUCCCCAGUCCGAUUCAUAUGUGAAUUGUGGAGAUCUGCAGAACGUUCAGCUCAGACUUAUUAUUCGUUUUCAUUUACAGUUUUUAUUUAUUGUGCUCAAAGUGUGCUGAUUUUCCAAUAGAAGAAGACCUUCACAUAUUCUAAGUUGAAGUGGAAAUGUAUAUACCGUACUGACAUUGUGUGUAAGGAAACUGAAUACCAUGAUUUGAUCUGUUUCUCUAUUGGAAAGAGGCUCAAAUAAAACGUAUUUAA